AUGCCUUCUCCAAGUUAUCAGCCGGAUUCUCCGACAAACUCCAUUCCCUCGCGGGACGGUGGCCAGCAUACCCCCACAUACCCGCGGGAUUCAGACAUUCCUGAGAGUCAUAUCUCUGAAUGGGACACUGAGGAUGUCGGGACCUAUAUUGCUUCAAUAGGGCUGGAUCAAUAUAGAGAAUGUUUUAUAGAGGAAGGAAUCGAUGGCGAAGCACUUAUCCAUCUAGAACACGACGAACUACGGGAUAUUGGGAUAAAGAGUGUGGGACACCGACUUACGAUCCUAAAGAAUAUCUACCAUCUAAAAGUCGCCCACGGAGUAACGAUCGAGCCAGAACAUUAUGUUCCUGUUUCCGCCGACGCCGAUGAAAACGAGAAGGCUGCCACACAAAACGACAUACAGCGCUUAAUCGCUAUCAUACGUCGGCGGGAUGAAAGGAUUGUGCAGGCCGAACGCGACCUGCAGAAAAUGCAGGAUGCUUUUGUCAAGUUGCGCGAAGAGCUAUUGCCGGUGUGGCGCAUAAUCAAGAACAGCCAUAAGUCACUCCCAACGCCGCAAGGUAGCACAUAUCCGAACGCCCCGUUAAUGACGCCGGUCGCAUACCCUCCCGAACCUUCAGUAUCAUCACGGGGAGAUGAACGUGAGCGUGAAACAGAGCGGAGAGAGCUUAAGCAACGGGAAAGGGAAAGGGAGAGGGAAGCUCGUGAAAGAGAGGCACGGGAAAAAGAACAACGAGAGAGGGAGAGGGAAAGUCAAAGGGAGAGGGAGCAGCAGCUACAAGAACAAGCUUUCCCUGUCAACAAUCCAAAUCUCUUGCCCGCACCAUCUGCAGGAAAAGGCUUGUCUAGAAAGUUUUCGAUGAAGAAACUCAUACUUGGAACUCCGAAGAAUGCAUCUCCCACCCAUCCAACACAUCCAGAUACCGUGAGAAACGAGUAUGAACCACCCCCAACAGCAACGAAUGGAGCUAUAAGGGAUAUCAGGGACUCUUCUGCUAUGCCAUCACCAACUUCUCCGUCAACGAUAAACCAUCUCUCGCCAAAUACAACUCACACCUCUUCGUCGCACAAACCACCUGAACGACGAUCUGCCAAAACGUCCCCUGAUGAAGAGCCUCCUAAUACUGCCGGCGGUUCACAACCUACUGUCGAAAUUUUCAAGUCGUUCAGGGUAUCCAUGGAUGAUCCUUGUUACAAGGUUCUCCCCGCUGCUCUGAAGCGGUACAACAUCCAGGCAGACUGGCGACAGUACGCAUUGUACAUUGUGCAUGGAGACCAGGAGCGUUGUUUGGGAUUGGACGAGAAGCCGUUGAUAUUGUUCAAGCAGCUUGACAAAGAGGGACGGAAACCAAUGUUCAUGUUAAGGCGAAACGGUAAUUUUGAAACCUCAAUUGGACCUGGAACCGGGAUACCAGGAGGUAGUGGAUCCAGUAUCUACGGAAGGGGCCAAGAUAUCACGUUACCUGGCGUAUUACCAGGAGGGGUAUUAUAG